AUGCUGGAGUUGGCGGCAGCAGCAGUAGCCAUGGAGGAAGGCGAGGAAGACUUCCCGUGCCCGUCGGUGUGCCGGUGUGACGAGGGCUUCGUCUACUGUAACGACCGGGGCCUGAGCAUGAUCCCUCCGCUACCAUUAACAGCUACCAUUCUCUACCUACAGAGUAACCGGUUAGCCAACUCCGGCCUGCCGCCGUCAUUAGAGCGCAGCAGUAGUAUCCGUGUGGUCUACCUUUACGCCAACCAACUAGACGAGUUUCCUAUACACCUGCCACCAUCGCUACGGGAACUACACCUGCAAGACAACAACAUUCGGACAUUGCCGCGCACGGCGUUGGCCAGGUUACCGUUGCUAGAGAGGCUACACCUGGACGACAACUCCAUCUCCACGGUGAGCAUCCAGGAGCGGGCCUUCUCCGGCACGCCGCGGCUGAGGUUACUCUUCCUCUCCCGGAACCACCUGUCCAGCAUCCCAGCCGGCCUCCCGGCUUCUUUAGAGGAGCUGAGGUUAGACGACAACCGCAUCAACACCAUCCCCACCCACGCCUUCCGGGGCCUGGCCUCACUGAGACGCCUGGUCCUGGACGGGAAUCUCCUGGCCAACACUCGCAUCGCGGACGACACCUUCUCCCGCCUGGCCAAUCUCACAGAGCUGUCGCUAGUCCGCAAUGCCCUGCAGGCCCCGCCCAUCAACCUGCCCAGCACACACCUGCUGAGGCUGCACCUGCAGGACAACGGGCUGAUCCACGUGCCCCGGGGGACACUUGACGGGAUGAGAAGGCUGCAGAGGCUGGACCUGUCAGGUAACCAACCAGUAUGAUGCUACCUGAGCCUGAUGAGCCAUACAUAAGACAUUUUAUGAGCCCUACCUUAAAAUACAUUUUGUUAUCCCAAGCCCAAAAAAGUCCAAAAGAUAGUGCCGUUAUCCAAUACAUAGCCUAUGAUAUAGGCUACCGCACAUUACGCACAACAGAAAAACAUAAAAGCCCAUAGAUGUAGAUAUGCUCUCUUGAGUAAAUAAAUGAAACAAGCUCCAGUAGGCUCAUCUUUUUGGACUUUAUUACUCUACUAUAUUACUGUAUUAUACUGUAUUAUAUCCACUGUUAUUACAGACCUUGUUCAAACCAUGAAGCUGGGAGAGAACAUGCGAUGCUGGUGCAGCACAUGCGGCCUAUAAAGUUACAAUUAUAGGCUAGCAAAUUUGAUUUUAAUUUUGAUAAUAGGGCCCAUUUAACAUUUUAUAAUUAGUAGGCUGACGCAUAUAUUCCUUUCAUAAUAUUUCCCCUAAUGUUGUGCAAUGUGCAUAUUAGCCUACCUCUUUCUCUACUGUUGCUUCAUUCCUUCCGCACUUUCAACAGUUAAUUAAAUACGUUUCGUUGUCCUUAUCUUCAUCAUUCUAAUGGCAUGCUUGCAUAAUAUAGGACUAGAAUAAAUGCAGCCGGCUUUCACUCCUCUUCAGGAAGACUGAGUGGUUAUGGGUCUGAAUAAUUAACUGCUAUAGCCUAUCACCAUCGCACGUUCUCUCUUCUUUCAACCUUCCAGUGAGUUCUAUUGGCUGCUGUAUAUAACAUUGGUUGAAGCUGGUUGAGAGUGUGCAAAGCUGUCAUCAAGGCAAAGGGUGGCUACUUUGAAGAAUAUAAAAUAUAAAAUAUAUUUUGAUUUGUUGAACACUUUUUUGGUUACUACAUUCCAUGUGUUAUUUCAUAGUUUUAAUGUCUUCACUAUUAUUCUACAACGUAGAAAAUAGUUUAAAAAAAGAAAAACCCUGGAAUGAUUAGGUGUGUCCAAACUUUUGACUGGUUCUAUAUACAGUGGGGAGAACAAGUAUUUGAUACACUGCCGAUUUUGCAGGUUUUCCUACCUACAAAGCAUGUAGAGGUCUGUAAUGUUUAUCAUAGGUACACUUCAACUGUGAGAGAUGGAAUCUAAAACAAAAAUCCAGAAAAUCACAUUGUAUGAUUUUUAAGUAAUUAAUUUGCAUUUUAUUGCAUGCAUAAGUAUUUGAUACAUCAGAAAAGCAGAACUUAAUAUUUCGUACAGAAACCUUUGUUUGCAAUUACAGAGAUUAUACGUUUCCUGUAGGUCUUUUUUGCACACACUGCAGCAGGGAUUUUGGCCCACUCCUCCAAACAGACCUUCUCCAGUUCCUUCAGGUUUCGGGGCUGUCGCUGGGCAAUACAGACUUUCAGCUCCCUCCAAAGAUUUUCUAUUGGGUUCAGGUCUGGAGACUGGCUAGGCCACUCCAGGACCUUGAGAUGCUUCUUACGGAGCCACUCCUUAGUUGCCCUGGCUGUGUGUUUCGGGUCGUUGUCAUGCUGGAUGACCCAGCCACGACCCAUCUUCAAUGCUCUUACUGAGGGAAGGAGGUUGUUGGCCAAGAUCUCGCGAUACAUGGCCCCAUCCAUCCUCCCCUCAAUACGGUGCAGUCGUCCUGUCCCCUUUGCAGAAAAGCAUCCCCAAAGAAUGAUGUUUCCACCUCCAUGCUUCACGGUUGGGAUGGUGUUCUUGGGGUUGUACUCAUCCUUCUUCUUCCUCCAAACACUGCGAGUGGAGUUUAGACCAAAAAGCUCUAUUUUUGUCUCAUCAGACCACAUGACCUUCUCCCAUUCCUCCUCUGGAUCAUCCAGAUGGUCAUUGGCAAACUUCAGACGGGCCUGGACAUGCGCUGGCUUGAGCAGGGGGACCUUGCGUGCGCUGCAGGAUUUUAAUCCAUGACGGCGUAGUGUGUUACUAAUGGUUUUCUUUGAGACUGUGGUACCAGCUAUCUUCAGGUCAUUGACCAGGUCCUGCCGUGUAGUUCUGGGCUGAUCCCUCACCUUCCUCAUGAUCAUUGAUGCCCCACGAGGUGAGAUCUUGCAUGGAGCCCCAGACCGAGGGUGAUUGACCGUCAUCUUGAACUUCUUCCAUUUUCUAAUAAUUGCGCCAACAGUUGUUGCCUUCUCACCAGCUCUCUGGUCUUGGCCAUUGUGGAGUGGUUGGAGUCUGUUUGAUUGAGUGUGUGGACAGGUGUCUUUUAUACAGGUAACGAGUUCAAACAGGUGCAGUUAAUACAGGUAAUGAGUGGAGAACAGGAGGGCUUCUUAAAGAAAAACUAACAGGUCUGUGAGAGCCGGAAUUCUUACUGGUUGGUAGGUGAUCAAAUACUUAUGUCAUGCAAUAAAAUGCAAAUUAAUUACUUAAAAAUCAUACAAUGUGAUUUUCUGUAUUUUUGUUUUAGAUUCCGUCUCUCACAGUUGAAGUGUACCUAUGAUAACAAUUACAGACCUCUACAUGCUUUGUAAGUAGGAAACCCUGCAAAAUCGACAGUGUAUCAAAUACUUGUUCUUCAAAUAUAUAUCUUGAAUAGGAUUAGGCCUAUUAUGGAUGGAAUUUGUAUGGAUAUGAUGGUGAGAGAAAGACUGAGAAUGCUCGCGUGCACACUGAUUUAAAACAAUGAUAUUAUAGUGAUAGGCUUUUUUUUUUACUCUGCAGUUGCAAUAAAAAAAAAUGCAUCUUUACAACGAAAAAAUAAGGUGACCCCCAAAAGCCAGAUGGAGAUGUGUAAAUUGGACGUGCAUUCAAUCCUUAUAUAUUACUGUAGCAUAGGCUAUGCUGCAGCAAAUGUAGUCCUACCUUUCACAAGAAAGAAAGUGACCAUGAUGAGAUGAUAUAUGCAUUGUGAACUCUGCUUCAUUCUGAGAUGCGCUGUCUGUCACCACCAGUUGAUGAUUGAUCAGAUAGCAGAGAGUAGCCGUGGCCCAUGUCAAGUCAUGCUGUUCAUAUAAAUCAUUUAUUAUAAUUUACCGGUUUCUCGCAGUUAUUUAUACCGGGAAAAGGGAAUGGGUUUGGGCGGUACAUCUCUGUAAACCGGUUCCUGCUAUUCAACCCUAAUUGGAACAGAUACAACUAAUUCACUGUUGCUAUAAUGCUAAGAUUUGACAUUGCUCUAGACAUAUACUCUGUAUAUUGCAGAGUAACUUUAGUGAACUACUCCCAAAAUGAGCCACAGAUGAGUAUAUUAUUCUACAUCAGGUCCCACCCCUUAGAGUGACUUCUGUCCUUUUCCAUCCAUGCAGGUAACAACCUGACCACUCUGCCCCGGGGGCUGCUGAGGGACACGGAUAGCCUGGAGCUGUUGCUGCUCCGGGGGAACCCCUGGUACUGUGGCUGCAACCUGCGCUGGCUCCACGCCUGGCUGUAUGGCCGCGGAGCGGCGGUGACGGUACGGGGCUUGACCUGCCACGGGCCUGAGGCGGUGCGAGGCCAGGCCCUCAGGGACCUCUCUGGGCUCAUGGGCCAGUGUGAAGGCCCCCCAGGAGGGGUGACCAGUGUGGGGGUUAGAGGAGGAGGAGGAGGUAUGGGACUUGACACUGUCUCUAGUACUACCACCUUCCCCCCGACCCAGGGUUCUCUGUUCACCCUUAGGGCCAUACGGCCGGGCCUGGUGAUGCCGUUACCACCGGGAGGAGAGGCGGGGGGGCACGCCUUACACAACGUUCUAGAACUCACGGUGAAGCAUCUGUCGGCGGACAGUGUGCAGGUGACGUGGCUGUGCCCACGGCCGGCACCCUCCUUCCGGCUGUCGUGGCUGAGGCUGGGCAGCAGCGCCGCUCUGGGUUCCAUCACAGAGACGCUGGUCCCCGGGGAGAGACAGCAGUACCUACUGACCCAGCUCACGCCACGAUCACACUACCUCAUCUGUCUGCUCCCCCUGCGCUCCUCCUCCUCCCACUCUGGAGGGUCACAGAGGUCACCGCAGCAGGAAAAGGACACAACGGACCAGAGCCCCGUCUGCGCUCAGAUAGAGACGGGGGAGGCUCUGCGCCCCGAGGGGGGAGACAGGGGUGAGGACUCGGACACAGAGAUGGCAGCCCUCCCCCUGGCCGAGAUCAUCGGCGGAGCCACGGCCCUCGUCUCCCUCAUACUCAUCUUCAGCAUCUUCUGCUGGUACGGCCAGCGCGCCGGGUACGUCUCCGGGGAAACAGACUCCUACGGGGUCAGAGGUCAGCGCGGGGUCGGGAAGCCGUACGAUGACUACGUGGAGUCGGGCACUAAGAAGGACAGCUCCAUCCUGGAGAUCAGAAGCCCCGGCUUCGCCAUGACGCCCAUGACGACCCAUCAGUCACUGCAGCCCAAAGGAGGAGAGGAUGUGACCUACGUGCACACCAUCUUCCCCUCAACGCACAGUAACGGCACCUACCGGAGCAACCAGAGUCACAACAGCAUCAUCACCCAACUGGGUCACACGGCGGGCUACGGGACCAACCGGGGUUUCCGGGAGCAAGGGGUGAUCCCGGAUAUAGACUACACCUACACGUGA